AUGUUGCACGAAAUCACUGCGUUGGCUGCCAGGGGGGUCGACGUAUCUGCCCCCUCCGGCGCCGGCGGCCUCUCUGCCCUGCACCGCGCGACUCUUUCGGGUAGCAUGGACGCCCUUCGCACGCUUCUCGAGGCCGGGGCGGACCCCGACGCAGCGGAGGCCGAUGGCGGGCGAACGGCGCUCCACUUCGCCGCCCUCCGGUCCGACCUGGAGGCGGUACAAACCCUCGUGGCGGCGGGGGCGAACAAGGAGGCCCGCGACCUCGACGGCCGCACCCCUCUCCUCCUUUCCUGCAUCGUGCAGUGCCCGUCGGCGCCGGCCAUAACCACCCCGUUGUGUCUCCUGAGGGCCGGUGCCUUUGCGACGGCGGCGGACGCUCAGGGCACGACGGCGCUGGACAUCGCCGUGCGGUACGGCCGCGCGGCGAUCGUCCGGGAGAUCUUCUUCCGGAGGGAGGGGGCGCCUCGCCCAAUCCCCAGUAACCUGGGGCUCUUGUAUGAGGCCGUGAGGGGAGGGGACGCCGGGAUCGUGGCUUGCCUGGUGGACAACGGGUGGGAGGGCGGGGUGCCCGUCGUUACCGCUUCCCCCCAGCCGCCGCCGGCGGUGGUCCCGCCGUCGUUGGAGUCGAGAGAGACGUCCGGUGGGCCGGCGCCAUUGCCCGUCGGUCGAAAGGGUUCGGCUGCUUCUUCAUCGGCUGCCGCAGCUGCUGCUGGGUCGCCCUCGUCGGUGGCGGCGACGGCGGCGGCGGCGGCGGGUGAGACGCUGUCGCCGCUCAUGCUGGCAGCGGACAGCGGGCGGGUGGACGUGGUCAGGGCUCUCCUGCGCGGGCGCCACGGGGGGUUCCCGAACGCGGGCGACACGCGCGGCUACACGGCGCUACACUUCGCCACGAUGCGGGGGUCGGUGGGCAUCGCAGAGGCGCUCCUCCAGGGAGCCGCGGGUUUCCACAAGGGCGUGGGAGGCGGGGAGAACAAUGGCAAAGGCAACGGCAACGGCGACAGCGGUGUCGUUUCUGUUGUCACCGCUGGUGCUGGUGCUUGUGCUCGUACUGCUGCUGCUGCUGCUGCUGCUGCUGCCAAAGGUGCUGGUGAUGGUGCUGGUGCUGCUUCUGCUGCUUCUGCUGGCUCGCCGGCAGCGGUGGCGGCGACGGCACCACAGCCACCGGCGGCGUCGGCGUCGGCGGACCCAGACGUGACGAAUGCGGACGGAGACACCGCCCUGCACGUGGCCGUGGCGACUCGGCGGAUCGGCGUCGGACAGGCGCUUCUUCGCGCCGGCGCGUCCGUCGGGAUCGCGAACGGGCUCGGGCACACGGCGCUCCACUUCGCGGCGGCGCUGGGGCUCUCGGGGUUCGCGAAGGAGCUGCUGGACAGGGGAGCGGACGUAGCUGCGGUGGACGGGACGGGGUCUGAUCAUUCCGCCAAUGCGGCAGGUGCUUCUGGUCGUGGCGGUGGCGGUGGGGGUGGUGUAAUCGCUAGCUCCGCGAGCGGGAGGAACGCCAGAGACAAGCCGGGAGGCGACAGGAGGGCCAAGAUGGCCGCGGCCGUGAGGGUCACCGCGACCGUGGCGCCCAGGAGAAGAAGCAGCAGCGCCACCUCUACCCCAUCAGCGGCCGCCGCCGUCGCCGCCGCCGCUGCCGCCGCUUCCUCUAACGCGGGCAGGGGCCGCUGCACCAGGGUGUCCGCCGCCGCCCUCGCCACGUCUCUGGCGAGCCCACUGUCGAAGAAGCCAAGCCAAAAGAGAAGGGCUAGCGCGGGCACUGCCGCCACAAUCCGAAGAGGCGGCGGGAGUCCCAACAGGAGAAAGGAAGGCCGCACGCCCUUGCACUUCGCCGCCAUGAACGGCAGUGUGGGGGCGGCGAGAGUGCUCCUGGCGGCGGGCGCGCCGCCGGCGCAUCGGCGCAACCGCAAGCGCGAGUCUCCGCUGCUACUGGCGGCGAAGGGUGGGCAUGCGGAGGUGGUGGAGCUUCUGCUCGAGGCGCUAGGACCUGGGGGCCACGUCAACGCGGCGACGGCGGCGGGAGACACGCCCCUCGGCGUGGCGUUGGCGAACGGCCACGGCGAUAUUGUGGUGCAGGUGAUUGGUUGGGGGGUUCGGGACGACAAGGCUCUGUGCCUCGACAUCGGCAGGGACGACAGGGUUCCGCCCCUCGACCUCACCAACGUCUUGAAGACUCUCCCCAAGGACAACCCUGCUGGCGCCGGAACGGCGCGGGUCCUCUCCGCCCCGCUCCACGCCGCCUGCCGCGGCGGAGGGCGAACAUUGGUGGAGGCGUUGCUCGAAAAAGGGGCCGAUGUCAACGCGUCCCGGGACCCGGCGGGUGACAAAGAAGGGAGAAGGAUGCUGAGGCCGCUUCACGUGGCCGCGGCGUACGGGAACGCGGAGGCCGUGGGCGCGCUGACGCUUCGGGGGUGCCUGCUGGACGUCAAGACGCGGGAUCCUAGCGGGUGGGUGUCGAGCACGCCGCUCGGGAUCGCCGUGCAGGAAGGCCACCUGGAAGCCGCCCGCGUGCUGGUGGACGCCGGCGCCGCCAUCGACGCGGUCCCCCGGGGGCAAGACGGGAAGGAGCGGGCGACGUCCCUCGCCCGGCUGGCGGCGGACAUGAGGCGCGGGGACAUGGUGGCCCUCCUAGCCAGGGCAAUCGUCGACCGCGACUCGUCGGAGACUUGGGCGCGAGAGUGGGCCGCUUCCAGGGGGUUUAGGGUCGGCGGCCUCAGUGCCGCUGCCGGCGCUGUCGGCGGGGCCGAUGUCGGAGCGGAGGAGGAGGAGGACGGGGAGGAGGCGGGGACGGUUGAGCCGGUUGCGGCAACGGUGUCGAGGAGUGCGCGAGCCGGCGCUGCCGGUGCUGUCGGCAGGGCCGUUGUAGGAGCGGGGGAAGGGAGGGGAGUGCGGAAGGUUGUCCAGGAAACGGUGUCUUGGAGGGCGCGAGCCGGUGCUGCCGGUGCCGUCGGCAGGGCCGUUGUGGGAGCGGGGGACGGGACGGGAGUGCGGAAGGUUGUCCAGAAAACGGUGUCUAGGGGUGAGCGGGCUCGGCGAAGGUCAUUCUUGAGUGAGGGGAAGGGCGGGGAGGAAGUGGUUGUGUUGGGAGAGGCUCGGACGCUGGGGCCCGGACGGCGGGGUCCCCGGCAGCGUGCGGGGCUUUGA